AUGAGGCCGACCUUGAACCAUCGAGCCAUGCCGCUCAUGAUACUCAUCUGGUGUACCUUGACCCCUUUGUGCCUGGCUUCUUCUUUCAACGUCACCACAACCAGCAGCGACUUGAAGCGUCGCCAAUGUGUUUUCGAUGCCGCCUCAAGUUCGUGGAACUGCGACUUCCUUCUUCCGACCUUCGAGCAGCUCAUCACCCGAUUCCAAGACGUUAGUGAUGGAGGAGGAGCAACACCUGACAACAUUGCCUGGUUUUACACAAACUUUGAUGGUGGUAAUCCAGAUUACAACUUUGAUCAACUUUUUGCUUGGAUCAAAGCGUGGUUCGAAGCCAAGGGACUUGGAUCGUACUACAUCUAUGAUGGUGUCAACCCGGCAUGGAGAAAAUAUCAGGAAACCUUCAUCGCUGACCAUGCGAACGAGAUCGCCGAGCACAACGAAGACGAUUAUCCCGGUUGGGAUACGCCUUACGCGACUUUUUGGUGGUGCUUCUUCGAAAGUGCAGCCUCGGCGGCACGGGCUCCUGAUGCUAUCAUUUUCACACCAAAUGUCCCUUGGAGAUCUGACAAAACUGGGCUCUGAUUGAGAUGCCGGCGCUCACAAGAAACCCGAACAUUCAGAAAAUAUGGCGGGUUGACCCUCGACCGGGAGCGGAUGGAUGUGGCGAGGAACAGUUGGUUUGGGACAGGAGUCGCGGAGAUUUCAUGUUGGCCAGUACUUGGCGAUGUCCAGUAUGAUUGUAUGAGGCCAAGAAGUCAACGAAAGAAGAGACAGAGAUACUUUCCAGCUGCAAAGCUGCAGGAUUCCUCAAUGCCAGUCCUGCGUCGUAGUUGUGGGCAGGGUGGGAUGCAUCGCUCCAGCAGUAGAUGUGGAUAGACUUGAUUACAGCGAUCAAAGCUUGCUGUUUCAACAAUUUUCGGCCUAGCACAAUAUGCCGCGAAAGGCUUGAAGUCCACUUGCCAUAGAUUCGUUGAUCAGAAGCCAGUU